CGCCCCGCCUGCUCCAUCGCUGCUGCGGCUGCCUCGGGAAGGCUGGAGGAUGAGCUGAGGCUCCGCGCUCCCUGUCUCCAGCGCUAAUCACAGGUGCUUUGGGUCUGGCCGGAAGCCCCCUUCCCUGCGCCCACUCCCAACCCAUUCUCUGUCCUGCUCCGCCCACCUAGCUGCGACCUGGCUCUGCAGGCUGGCGUCCCGGGCUGCCCGGGGUGUGGUGUCUACCUGAAGAACAUUUUACUUUAAAAGGGAAGAUGCUGUCUCCAAAUGAUAAAAAGUUAGAAAAGCUGGAGCCGUUCUAUCGACCUUCAGUGUCCAAGCAGAAGACCAGUGCAGAAAUCAUAAGUGAAGCUCGAAAUGCCUUGAGAACAGUUAGGGCCCAAAGGCCAUUCACACCACGGGAAGACCAAAGAAAACUAUUUGGACCUGCGUCUUCGAGGACACCAGAAGGUAGGCCUCCUUCCUGCUUCAGCCUCCAGGCGUCCAGUUUUGAGUCAUCUGAUUCCAGACCCUUCUCUGGCGCACGUCUCAGUCCACUAGAGCUUAAACCAAAAGCUCCGACAUCUCCUGCCACAGAGGAGGAUCCCUGCCCUUCCUUUCCUAAACCUCCCGUGGACCCCGAGAAGAUUCGCAGAAUAAGCCGAGCCCGGGCACGUUUGUUCAGGGCCGCCUCCCAGGGGACUCUCCUGCCAGACAGAGCCCAUCCUCCCGCUGAGACAAAGAAGACAGUGGAAUCCAAAGAAACAAUUCUAAUGGGGAAUUCUGUGGUGAAAAGAAAUGGGAUUUAUUUAACAGAAUCAAAUGCCACUGGCCACUUGAAGAGCCACCCACUUCAGCUAACUUAUGAUGGAGGCUUUGGUGAAAUCAAGGAGCAAGAAAUGUUCAUAGGGGCAACACCCUUGCCAUCUCCUCUCAGAAGUGGAGGGGACCAGGGGAAGAGGCGUGGGAGGGCCUCGUCGUGCCCCGACAGCUCAGACCUGAGCGGGCUGGAAACCAAAGCAGUCUCAAAAGCCAACUUGCAAGAAAAAGAUACAGAAAUAGAAGGGGACGAAGUCUUUUGGAAUACGAGGAUCGUACCAAUUUUGCAUGAAUUAGAAAACGAAGAAAACAUUGAAACGGUUUGUGCUGCUUGCACAGAACUCCAUCACGCUUUAGAGGAAGGAAACAUGCUGGGAAAUAAAUUUAAAAGAAGAAGCAUUCUCCUGAAGACCCUAUAUAAACUAGUUGAUGUUGGUUCAGACUUGCUCAGCCUUAAACUUGCAAAAAUUAUUCUAGCACUUAAAGUGAGUAGAAAGAAUCUUCUUAAUGUCUGCAAACUUAUAUUUAAAAUUAGCAGGAGUGAGAAGAAUGAUUCUCUGAUUCAAAAUGACAACAUUCUGGAAUCAUUACUGGAGAUGCUGGGAAAGGAAGACCUACAAACUAACACCGAAGCUUUUUUAUACUGUAUGGGGACUCUCAAAUUCAUUUCUGGAAAUCCAGGAUUUCUUAAUGAAAUGAUCAGCAAAGGCGCUGUGGAAAUAUUGAUAAAUUUGAUAAAGCAAAUAAAUGAGAACACCAAGAAAUAUGGUACAUGCUUGCCUAAUUCAGGCCACUUGUUAGUCCAAAUGACUGCUACAUUGAGAAACUUGGUUGAUUCGCCACUAGCAAGAAGUAAGUUACUGAGCAUCAGUGCCCUUCCCCAGCUCUGCACGGCGAUGGGACAGCACACGGGUGACAAGGAUGUCUGCACCAAUAUUGCCAGAAUAUUCAGCAAACUUACUUCUUACCAUGACUGCUGUGUAGCCUUGGCCAACUAUUCCAGAUGUUAUGCCUUGUUUUUGACUCUGAUAAACAAAUACCAGAAGAAGCAGGAUUUAGUCGUUCGUAUUGUUUUUAUUCUUGGCAACCUGACAGCGAAAAAUAACCAGGCUCGUGAACAGUUUUCCAAAGAGAAAGGGGGCGUCCCCACCCUGUUGUCAUUGUUCCAUACGUUCUACCAACUGGACCUGCAGUCCAAGAAGUGGGUGGGUGACGGAGAGGAGCAGCUCAAGGUGCAGAGGCCACCGACCCAGGCGGAGGACGUGCUCAUCAAGCUGACCCGUGUACUCGCCAAUUUAGCCAUCCACCCCGGCAUCGGCCCGGCCAUGGCCGCCAACCCACACGUAGUGGGCCUGCUCCUCGCCAUGCUAGAAUACAAGUCAGUUGAUGAUUGUGAAGAGCUGGUGAUCAAUACUACAGCAACAAUCAACAACUUGUCUUACUACCGAGUGAAGAACUCCGUAAUCCAAGACAAAAAGCUGUAUAUUGCUGAAUUGCUCGUCAAGCUUCUGGUGAGUAAAAACAUGGAUGGAAUCCUGGAGGCUGUGCGCGUUUUUGGAAAUCUCUCCCAGGAUCACGACAUCUGCGAUUUCAUUGUGCAGGAAAAUGUCCACAAGUUCCUGAUUGCCCUGCUGGGUGCUAAGCAUCAGGAGAUCUGCUUUUCUGCUUGUGGCGUCCUCCUAAAUCUCACCGUGGAUCAAGACAAGCGCAUCAUCCUAAAAGAGGGAGGUGGCAUUAAAAAGUUGGUGGAGUGUUUAAGAGAUGUGGGGCCUACCGAUUGGCAGCUGGCCUGCUUGGUUUGCAAAACUUUAUGGAACUUCAGUGAAAAUAUCACUAACGCUUCGUCAUGUUUUGGAGAUGAAGAGACCAACACCCUCUUAGUCCUGCUGCCAUCAUUUUUAGGUAUAUAAUUUUGUGUGUGUAAGAGUAAGAAAAAAUGGGCAUGAUUUUAAACCAUUGAGGUUCACAGUCUCCUCGGUGAACGUUCAGCUUUCUCGGGUUGCCAGGAGCAGAAGUGCAUGCUCAACUUGCCUUAAUUCAACUCUCAACUGUGGCAGAACAUUGGAGUCAACUGUGGAAUUAAACACGCUUAUCCUGGCCCCAUCCCCAGGAAUUCUGAUUCAGGAGCUCUGGGGCAAGGCCGAUUAUCUGCGUUUUUAGAAAGUUCCACGGAUGAGUCUGCUCUUCAGCGAGGACUGAGAACCACUGCCCUGGGUGAUGGAGGAGUUCGAGGGAAGGAAGCCCAGGGAAGAAGGAAGCCAGGAAAUAAGCCUGCUGCCCAACGCCUGCUGGAGAGGCACUCAGGACCUGGAAGGUCAUUCUAGAAGGAAGCAGAGUCCUCCAGUGAGCCCCUCAGUAGUGGGCAUCCUCUGCUCCACGCUGCUGGAGACCCAGCCCUGCUGUUACGGGAGAAGUCCUUCCUCCCCCUCGUUCCCUCUACGCUCCUGCUGGGCUGCAGCUUCAACUACCUCGAGGCUGCUUCUUGCUGCACUCAGUGUGUGUGACUCUGUGCCUCCUCUGUUGUUGGCGAACCCUUCUAUCUGUCUCCCAUUUGGGGAGAAGAUGUGAUUGGUUCCGUGAGUCACUCUCCUGGGGUGUAGGGCUUUUGUGCCUUAGGCAGCAGCUGCUUCCACCAAGGCUAUCUGUGACUUCCUUUGGCUCCUAAGUCGAGGGCAAUUAGCCAUAAAUAAGAAAAUGGUGCAGCCUUGUGGCACAAGGACCUCUUAGAAGCGGAUGUGGGCCUGCCUGGCUUCUCAGCAGCAGGCAGCACACCUGGCAGGCACUUCACUGUAGCAGGGCUAUUGCCUGCUUCUCCCCUCCCUCCCCUUCCCCGAGAGCCAGGCUGGUCUUCCCCUGUGCUUCCCCAACCUCUGUACCUCUGCAGGGCCAUAUCCCUUAGCUAUGCAGCCAGAUGCUGCCUGUCCUUCCAGGACAGGCCCUCUUCAAGCGCAGUCUAGUCACAGGAAAUCUACACUUCUUAUACAGCAAUUACUCCUGAACUGUGUAACUUCUCCUGUAUGAUUGUUUUGUAACUUUUAUUUCCCCACUCCAGCCAAGCCACUUUAAGGAAAGGAUAUUGCCUUGUGCAAACUAGGUUCUUGAUAGAUGCUUGUGGAUUGACUGACAGUAGUGGUACCUUUGUCUUAAUAGGGCUAUAUACUUUUAAAGCAUGUUCAUUCUAUCCUUGUAAGAUCUCUCUGAGGCCAUCAUCUAGGUGACAGAUGAGGAAAGUAGAUCUAGGACAGCUAAGUGACUUGGCUAAGGUCAUACUAUAGAAAAGCCAGGACUUUUCAUCAGAAAAUGAACCUCUGUGCCUGUGUUUUUCUGCUGUUCCGUUACAUAGCACCCUUAGCCCACCCCAUGGAAGAGAUUGGAGCAUGGAUGACAAACACAGUCCAUCAGGGAGCCAAGUCACCAGCAGAGCUUGGCCCGAUUUCUCACGUGAUCACAAGGCCCUCCUUACGAACUGUGAGGACCAGGCUGCUUCCUGGCUUUGCUCUCAGCUGUGUGGGCCUCAGACCCUUGCUUCUGGCAGGGUUGUAGCUGUGUCUGGCCAGUUGGGUGGCAGCAAGUGAAAUGGAUAUGUGGGUGAGAGUGUACUUAAAUUUCCAUUGUUUUACAAAGAUAGCUAAAAAAAGGCCAUUUUGAAAACAAGAUGAGCUGUUAAAUCCCAAAGCCCUCUGUUGAAGUGUGAGCACUGUUUUUAGAAAACAUGGCAAGGCUAUUGAUACAGCAAUAUGUUACCCAACUCUUCUUGAUGGGCAACUGGAAAAAAAAAAGAAAGUAAUGGUCCUCAACAGAGUUGGGAUGUUGGGAUGUUGACAGUCUUUUUGGAAAGUGUUUUUAAAAGGAUGUUGUCUAAAACGUCCUGAUAUACUACAAUUACUUCUUAGGAACUCAUUAGCUGGGUGUUUAUCUUGAAGUUCUUAAGUGCUGUGCCCAUAGGCUUCUCUCUGGGGAGCUGGCAGCUGGUGAGCAGUGUGCGCAGUUUAUUAUUGUGAACGUAAAACAUACUCACUAGGUUAUUUUAUGCUCAUCAUAAGGUACAUGGAACUUAGCCCCUAGGUGAUGUGACAAAGGGGUAGAGUGGGGCCCAAGGUUCAAGUCAGAUUCCAUCAUCAAGCCUAUGCCAAAGAGCCAUCAGCGGCUUCUGGAAAAUUUGAGGACCACACCUUAAAUAGGCAGGACAACAAUCCAACCCUCAACAGCUACCUGGUGCUGGACAGCAAGCUGAGAAAUAGUGCAGUGAGUAGGGGAUGCUUCUAUGGAUGCUGCAGGAUACUUAAACUGUCAUAGAGUCUGUGUUAUAAUGAUCCCUGACAAAUUUAUUGUUUUGAGUCCUUUAAUCCUUUCUAAUACCCUACAAUUCUAGUAUCUGGAAGUGUGUUGUGCACAAAGAAAACUUAAGAAUGACUGGUUGUCUAAAUCAGUGCUUUUCACACUCUGACCAGCAUCUUUAAAAAAUGAAGUAGCAGAGAAAGAAAAUGUCAGAAAAUAUUACAUGUCAUAAAGAUAAGUAUUCCAUGGUGAAAUGUUUGGUUUUGUAUAUAAAUAUGUUGUAAGUAUAUGUGUACAGUCAUAAUGUAAUAUGUAUUUAUAAGUUACAGUCAAAAAAGUUUGAAAAUCAUAGAUCUAAAUUUUUCUUGAAUUAUCCUCUGCCACUCUUUAUACACUUUUAAUAUCUAGGCAAUACGGCACUUUUUAUGUAUUUGCUGUAUUUACUUUGAAACUUUAGACUACUUUUCUCUUACCUGUAGCUGUUUGGCCACUUUUGUUAUCUUGUCUAACCCAAUUUAUAAUUAAUAGGGUCUGAGUGUAGAUUAACUAAUUAUAGGCCAAGCCUCAAGAAGAGUUACAUAGUCUUGACAUUGGAUUGAAAAAACCCCAAAACACCAAAAUAGAUUUGCUAAAAUCACCAAAUCCCACCAAAGCCCUGGGAGAGGAGGGGACGGUGAAGUGCCUGGGCAGCCCUUAGUCCUAAGCUGCUUGGAAAAGAAGGGCAUAAACAAGAGAAUUAAUUUUUUAAUGGAAGUUUAGUGCUCAGAAUAUCUGGAGGAGUGAGCAGGAAGGAGAUCCGGAAAUGGGAAAGCACUCAGAGUCUCGCAGACUCCUCUGGUCCAGAAGUAGCCCACUGGGAAGGGCUUUGAAGGCAUCAGAUGCCAUCUGCAUUCUCCUCCUCUCAAGGUCCUGGUUAUCUUGUGGGUGGGGAGAUCCAGGUUUGCUUACAGGGGUCUCCAUGGAGCUCCUUGCUGAAGUGUUUGUGUCUGCCCGGAACUUAUCUCAGAGCUGCAUAGCUGUCCACUUGGUUGGAGGAGAGGAAGGGAAGGUAAAAACUGGGAUUCCAGACUCCCUUAUCUUAUUCUUAUUCUGGGUGGCGACACUAACACCAAGAGAGCCAAAGCACACAGAGUCUGUGAAAAUACUCAGUGUAGAAAAUUUGAUGUAAACAGUAAGGAAGCAUUUAUAAUAGGAUUUUAAUUGGCCCUAUGAAAAGAGUUUGCAGAUUAUGUAAGUAGCAAUAUUUGUGGUCAUUUUAGGAUUUAGCGGUUACCACUUAAGAAGUCUGCCUUAGCCACAGACCUAGGAAGUGGCAGAGCCAAUCUUCUGACUGGCAGGCCACUGCAUUUUCCUGAAGUCCUUCACAACUCCUACAUAAACAAGGAAAAAUGCGGUGGCGGGUCGGCGCAGAAACAUUAGUGGCCAUUUAUCUCCCUACUUGGGCGGAAUAUACUUACGGUGUUCACAGAAUGCAGAGUGCCCUGGGAUUAAGAAGCAAACCAAGGCUGCAGUUGUGCAUUUUUUUCACAAGUGCUUUUCUGCAUUAUCCAUGAACACUUGGGAUUCUAGUACUUCUUGGGGUUCUCAAAGUGCCCCACUUUUCACUGUUACUGAAGAGAGCAUAGGGGUAUCGUUUCAAGGGAGUAUGUCUAGGUUGCUCUGAAGCCAGCAAGUUGGUUUUCAGUCAAGUUUACAGUGUCAAACUCAACCACGCUGCUUUCCCAAAAGAUUUCCUGACUCCUUGUUUCAUCUGUCACCACUGAAGUAAUUAACUUUUCUAAUGUGCAGAGAAGGAAGUAACCCGUGAAUACUUUAUUCUGAGAAAUUGCCAUCUGAUUUUUGGAUGUGGGCUUUACAUAUAAGCACUACGGAUUAGUUGAAAUAAGAGCUCAAUUCAAUCUAGGAUUUUUUUUUGAGAAGAUUAUUUUCCUUUUUUAUUAAGAGACUAAAAUAUACUUAUUUGAAAAUAGUUGAUAAAAAAGAAUAAAGAAUGACUCCCAUUAAAAAAGUCUUUUAACCCCAAAUCCUACCUAUGUCAUGUUGGAAUUAGAGAUGAUCCCGGAUGGGUUUAACUCAUGCCAUUGAAAAUUAAACUUUAUUCAAUAAGAUUGCAUUUCCAAAUAAUUG